AUUCUCACCUAUCAAUCAUUUGGAUUACCUCGUCUUUUUCCUUCUUGGUUAGUAGGCGAGGGAAAAGGGCGAGUAGAUCCGAUCGAACUGAUCAUAUGAUAGAGAAGACGGAAAAAGAUGCAGUUUCAUUUAAUUGCCAUAUCCACCUUUCUCAUAUCUUCCCUUAUUUUGGAGACAAUAGGUGCUAAAUAUGAACCGAACUGGGCAUCCCUUGACUCACGCCCUCUACCAGACUGGUACGACAAAUCGAAAAUAGGAAUUUUCAUCCACUGGGGGGUGUUCUCUGUGCCAAGUUUCUCGUCAGAAUGGUUUUGGUACCAGUGGAAGACACAGAAGACGCCUGGUGUUGUCGACUUCAUGGAGAAAAAUUAUCCGCCAGAUUUUACGUAUGCUGACUUUGCUCCGAUGUUUACAGCGGAAUUUUACAAUGCUGAUCAGUGGGCAGAAAUCUUCAAAGCAUCGGGGGCUAAGUACAUUGUGUUUGUAAGCAAGCAUCACGAGGGGUACUGUAACUGGCCGUCCAAAUAUUCCUUCAACUGGAACUCUGGUGAAGUAGGACCGGACCGGGAUAUUGUGGGAGAGUUGGCCGAGGCAAUAAAGAACAGAACGGACAUCCACUUUGGUCUCUACCACUCCUUACUCGAGUGGUUUCACCCCCUGUAUGUAAAAGACAAGGCCAAUAACUUCAAAACACAGGACUUUGUCAAGACAAAGACAUUGCCGGAGCUGUAUGAAAUUGUCAACAAAUACAAACCGGACAUUGUGUGGUCAGACGGAGACUGGGAAACAACGGACGUUUACUGGAAUGCCACAGAGUUCUUGGCCUGGCUGUAUAAUGAAAGUCCAGUGAAGGAUAGCGUAGCUGUAAAUGACAGAUGGGGAAAGAAUAUUCGAUGUAAACAUGGAGGAUUCUUGAAUUGUGAUGACAGAUAUAACCCAGGAAUUCUACAGAAGAAGAAAUGGGAGAAUGCCAUGACUAUUGACAAGUUUUCCUGGGGAUAUCGCAGGAGGGCCACCAUAACUGACUAUCUGACCAUGAAGGACAUCACAAAAGUCAUAGCUACCACUGUCAGUUGUGGAGGAAAUGUCCUAAUCAACAUAGGACCUACUCAUGAUGGACGUAUUGCACCGGUGUUUGAGGAGCGUCUGCGACAGAUGGGUCAGUGGCUGGGAGUGAAUGGAGAGGCUAUCUACGAGUCUGUGCCGUGGACUCACCAGAAUGACACCCUCACACCAAAUGUCUGGUUCACUUCAAAGAAGACAACUCAGGCAACUGCAACUUAUGCUAUUGUCCUUGACUGGCCCAAAACCAACCAGCUGGUCCUCGGGGCACCUGCUGCCUCUACAACUACCGUGGUAACAAUGCUUGGUUAUCAAGGAAACUUGAGCUGGAAACCAAACUCCUCAGGAGGAAUAGUAAUUCAAAUACCGGUUAUACCAUUUGAUAAAAUUCCAAGUCAGGAUGCUUGGGUGUUUAAAUUGACAGGACUCAAGAAUUGAAGUGGUUUCUUUCAUAGGACACGUCUAUGAGAUAGUAUUUAUACUGUUCACUUGUAAUCAUCAUUAAAUAAGGAGAUACUAGUACAGCAUAUGAGAAAUUUAAAAAUAUAUAUGUUGACUGGGUUUAAGUGCUGUUGGACCAGUAGAUCACAGGCAACAAUCUGAUAAGAGGAUUUAUCAAAAAUGUGAUGCCUGAGAAAGGAACUCCAAAUAAUAAGCUCUAAGAGGAUACUCAUGUUAAACUGCUGAUAUGGCUGUAGUAAAUCUAAUGUCAACUGAUCAACAUUUUACUCUCGAUUUACUUACUGCUCCAACAUUUAACAUUUAUUAACGAAGGUUGAGGGCAAUAUGUUUUGUUGGACCUGAGGCAGUAGGUAACAUUUUGGUCAGAGGAUCCAACAAAACUCAUGUUUCCCCAACACCCAGUCAAUAUAUGUAUUGUUACUCCCUCGUAAAUUUACAACCCUCAAGAAGAAUUUGAUUUCCAUUGUAAACAUCACAAUGGUGGAUCCAUAUUUUUCUCUGAAAUUUAGCACCAAAAUCCACACAGUCACCUUGAUUACAUUUCUUGUUCUAUUCCUGUCUCUGUUACUUAUCUCAAUCAGUAAACCUCCAUGUACAAGUAUUAGAUGACAUUUGUGUCACAUAUACAUUACAAUAGUCCCAAGAGGGGUUGAGUUAUGACAAAGUCUCGUAACAUCACGGAAAUUAAUCUGGGUUUAGGAUGAACAAAUGUCAGGGUUAAUUAUAAUUUAAGCAGAUUACCAGUGAAUAUUAAUGUGAUAAUGUCAAAUGGUCCAUUGAAAACUUAAUGUUUAGAUUGAGAAUUUUUCAGUGGACCAGGCAGUCCAAACAUUGGCUGUGCUGGACUUUUUAUUGUUAAACAGGAAGUAAUUUGUGAGGUUAUAACAAUGAAAUGUGUUGACCAGUCAACAUUUCUUGAUAUUUUAGCACAGUGUCAGUGAUCAUACAUAUCAUAAGGUUAAUGACCUGUAUAAAUAUGUGUAUGUACAUACAAAAUGCUCCAAUCAUACACAGCCAUACACUGUGUAUUUAGUUGUUUAAUUUUCAGAAUUAUAUUUGUGAUGCCACAUAUGUGAUAUUUUUGUAUUUUUCAUAGAUGAUUAAUAUUGAAUAUAUACACAUGUACAUUUCAAAAUAUCCCAAUUAUAGUACAUAUUGUUUAUUUUUAACUCAUCAAUGUAAAUGUCUUCAACUUCCUCAAAACAAUAAAUUAAGUUAAGGACCUUUCACAUUAUUAUAAAAUGACUUACAGUUUGUUAUAGGGUUAUUUGCAAUUUUUGAAGGCUCUUUUUACUUCAAUACAACAAUAGUAAAUGGGGAUUGCAGCUUCAUCCCCUUCGACAGGGUAUGCUUACUCCUCCUAGGCACCUGAUCCCACCUUUGGUGUGUCCAGGAGUCCAUGUUUGCCCAACUAUCUAUUUUGUAUUGCUUGUAGGAGUUAAUAGAUUGAUCACUGUUCGUUAUCUUCACCUUUUACAAAUUAGAAAUACUUUUUUUUGGUAAAACAGAAUAAUGCAUCCUUUCAAAUUAUGUAUUAAAAAGGUCAUCCAUAGCAUUUACACCAUUUUCACCCCUUGUCUUAAACUAGUUACCUGUGACUGUCAUACCAAUUCAAAACGUCAGGAUUAGGUGAGUGUUUACAAGGAACAGAUUUUUAAUUCUAUACAAACAUCCAUGUAUUUUUUUACAAUUUUGUUAUGCUGUGAAAUGUUUUGUAAUGUUCAGUUGGGGAUCUAAGGGAGAGGGGAGUAUGGAUUUUGGCCAAAUUUUAACAAAAAUGGUCAUCAUGGAGUCCUGGGCAGAAAAGGUACGAACUUGGUCCCACUCCAUGAAAAUUUUCUGGAUUCAUGCCCGAUGCAUAUGGGUGAUCCCAAAAUCAUCAAAUUUUGAUUUUUAUCAUCUAAAGUAAUCUUCUUUCCACACCUCACAAACUGUAGAUCAAGUAGUACACCAGUUCUCCACUAUAUAUCUGUUCGAUGUUGUACAUGAAGUUUAUCAGGAUUGUUUCCUCACCUUUAUUAAAUCUUAUCCACGGCCUCUCUACAGUGAAUGAAAAUCUCUCAUCCUUAUUUUUUGUAUAUUUGAACUGUACCAGUGUACUUCUAUGCUUCAUGAAUUGUUUCCUUUGUAGAAUAUACAUUUGCUGUGUACAUUCUAGAUUUAAGGUGGAUCGAUCCUCGUGUAACUUAUCAUUAAUGGUUGAAUGUGGAAAAAUUGUAUGAAUUUCCACUCAAUAUAGUUUAAUUUUAAACCAAAGCAAAUGUGCAUGUUGCCACCUUUUUAAAGAUGACGGACAUGCAAAAACAGAAGUAUAUAUCAGCAUUAAAAAAAUCAUUCAUUAUUUAUUAAUCAGAAUAAUAAAAACUUGUUGAAAUUCUAAAUGUCAAGUUUAGAAAAAACUGCUAAUUCAUAAAUAUGUAAAAAUUAAUUAUGGAUAUUAGGGAAAUCAUUGUACAAUAAACAUGCAGUAAAGGAAAUGCCGGCGUAAGAGUUAUUGCCCUUAAUAUUUUUUUUAUUAUUAUAGAUAAUUGAUUAUCUAUGGAAAAUAAAGACUUUUUCAGUAUCAAUAGUUUACCAGAUUGUUUAUUUUAUCCUGUGAAUAAAAUUCCUCUGAAAGACAUAUUUCUAUCAUGCGCAAAGUCUAAUUGAAUAAAGAUUUUUCAAAAACCUGACAUCACAUAAGGAUCGAUCUACCUUAACAUUUUCUAAUUUCAACAUUCAUUGGGAACUUAUGUAUAACAGUAUGCUCUUGUAGUUACAUUUUAGAUUUAACGCAUUUCUGUACAUUCCAAUUAUACUGCACCUUGAUGAAUAAAUUUACUAUUUUCAACAUA